AUGCUGACUGAUGAUCUUAUGCUGAAGCAGGAUUGCAAGAUCGGAGAUUCAGAGAAUGUUCCAAAAGGAAAGUGUUUGGUUUGGAGCCAGGGGAUAGUGAUGGAGAAAUUCAAGACUUUCAAGACUCCCUCUCCGGAUUUGGCCAAAAUUCGGAGGGAACUCACUAGAUUGUAUGAGGGCAAGGACGUGCGCUUGCUCUUCAGUGGCUUGGACUUCGACCGGCAACAUGACGAAUCUCAGAAGGCCUUGGAUAGUCUCCAGAAGUACAUUGUCAUGGCGAAGACUGCAGGAGAAGCUUUUCCUAGCAUCAAACAAAUCCUGGAUGACUUGUCGGAUGUCUUGCACAAAAGCCAGCUCUUCAAGAAAGAUCAGGAAGCCAAGCGGAAAGUCAUCCUGAAAGAGAAGGAACUUCAGGCGACCAUGAAAGUGGCUGAGCGCCGUUUGCAGCAAGUGGAGAAAGAAAAGGAAGACAUUGAAGCCAAGAACCGCAAACUGCACGAAGAGAAGGGCAAGCUGGAAGCGGAUACAAAGGCUGUCCGCGAUGAGCUGGCCAAAGUGAUGCAUGAUGUUGCUGCGGAACAGAGCACUCUAAAGCGUCGGGUGCAGGAGCUUGAAGUUGAGAAGAAGGAGUUGAAGGACGCCUUACGCACGGUGGAGGGCUUCCUCAAGGACAAGCGAAGUGUUUCUUCGAGUCCAGGCGGUGCAGGAGAAGAUGCUGCGAAGCUGGAAAAGUUGAUCCAGCUCGUUGAGAGAAGCGUGAAAUGA